AUGGAUCCUGGAAGCCCAGACUCUCCUGAAACUGAUGGUUUUACUGUCACUGUACAUGUUGAUCCUGCAAUUGCCUUGGUUGGACAAGGUGUGAUGUUGUCCUGCCAGCCCGUAGGCCACAACCCCGCUAACAUUCAAGUGCAUUGGUAUAAAUGGGAAAGGAGCAAAAAUAUGACGUUAUAUUUUUACAAUAGCACAGAAAAUGGAACUGAGCUGGGCCGGGCUGGGGACCAGCAAAGGAGUGAUGCUCCCAAAGGACGAUAUGAGAAUGGAGUCGUUAGGGUGAAACUCUUUCCAGUGCAAGUAGAAGAUAGUGGGCAGUAUGUGUGUGCGGUGACAAACGAUGGUGUCUAUCAAGAAGCUAUCACCCAGGUGAUUGUUGCAGGUUUUGGAUCUGCACCUCGCCUAACUAUAGACCAUCAGCAGAAUAAUUCAAUCACUCUGAGGUGUACGUCCCAAGGGUGGUAUCCACAACCUGAAGUAUGCUGGACUGACAGCACAGGACAAAAUAUAACUGCUAUGGCUGAAACAAGAAUCCAAAAAGAUGUGACAGAUCUGUAUCAAAUCCACAGUACGCUCAGGGUAGCAGAUAUUGCUUCUGACACUAUCUUAUGCACUAUAAGAAACCCCUUGCUGAAGAGGCACCACAAAAAAGUUAUUGCAAUUUCAG